AUGGAGAUGGGAGGAGAGAGAAAGAAUGCGGGAGUGGAAAACGGGGAGGUGAAUGGGGUGAGUGAGGGGGAGGAGGAGGAGGAAGAAGAGGAGGAGGUGGGGAAUGAGCCCCCUAUUGCAAAACUGCCACCUUCAUUAGAAGCCGUGCUUGUACAGAAAGAGGUGAUCUCACUGGAGAGCGAAGGUGCGCUGGUGGUGGCUCUGACAAGAGACUCUUUCCUGCUUGGUCUGCUCGUGCUGCACCGCCUACUUCUACCAGUGACACCCUCAGCUGCUGCAGCAGUGACUGAGGAGGAGGAGCAACGCCAGGAGGCUAGUGGCCGUGGCACAUGGAGAGAAAGGCCAGAAGGGGACCGAGGGGAGGGCUUAGGAGGAGCACGAAGGUCAGAUGGAGGGGAAGAAGGAGUUGCAGGAGGGGGAGGAGGGAGAGGAGGAAGGUCGGAACGAGUAGUGGGAGCAGUGGGUAGACUGCAGCAGUGGGUGCUGAGACGACCAGAGAGGAGGGGAGAGGGUGAGAGAGGGAGAGAGGGAGUGCGGGAGGAGGAAGUGGGGAGUGUGGAAGGCAAAGGGAGGGCUGGGAGCGAGGGUGGAAAACGGCAGGGGCAAGGAGAGGGAACGAGGGAGCAGAGGAGUGGGGAGGUGGGUGGGGAGGGAAAGGGAGGGCAGACAAACGGAGGGCAGGCGAACGGAGAGCAAGUGGGGGGAAGAGAGGUGGAGUGGGUGCAGUUGAAGCCGUAUGAGGAGGAGGAGCAGCGCGCAGCAGUGGGUGUGGCUCGCUCCCUUGCCUUCGCAUACGUCAUGGAACAGAGGGCGUGGAUGAUGCAGCAGUCGCUGUGGCAGCGCACAGUUACCAUCGACUCGCUUCUAGACCAGAUGCGCGCCCCCCUCUCCGCUCUGCGCACGCUGGGGCGAAUGCUCAUGCCGCAAGUGGCUAAGACAGAGUUGGGUCCCGACCUGGUGCAAGGCAUGGUGUCUCAGGGCGACGAGAUAGGCGAUGUGCUGUCGCAGCUGCAGCAGGCGCUCUACCCCCUGCCUCACCCCCCGGGUGCAGCAGUCACUGCAGCAGCAGCAGCAACAGAGGGGUCUGUGGGGCGAGGAGUUGCACAAUCCUUUCCCAGCACCACCACCAGCACUGCUACCACCGCCACUACCAUCCCACACCAAUCUAUCCUGCCACCUCCCUAUCCUCACCGCACACAACUCCUCCUCCCCCCUUUGGCUGACACUGAGCUCCCCAUGCCGCCCCUCCUUCUGCCCGCCCCCCCUGCUGUCCCCCCUGCUGCCACUCCUGCUGCCAAUCCACAAGCCUUGGGGGCGCUGUCUGUUCCCUUGGCGCCGCCUCAAGAGGCUCGUCUGCAGACUUUCAGCAGCGAUCACCCAACCUGCAGCGUGCACCGGGUGCUGCUGCCUCUGCUAGACGCGGCUACAUCGCUUGCUGCUGUCUGUGAGAUUCGAUUUACUGUCAGCUAUGGCUCCUCCAUUCCCAGGGCAGGCACGGAACCUGCUGCUGCCAGGCCUGUUGCUGCCGUGCCUGCUGCUGCCGAGCCUGCUGCUGCCGAGCCUGAGGGUGCUGCUGUGGGGCGGGUGCUUAGUGGGAGAGAGAACUGGGGCGAGGGCGAGGAGAAAGAGGAGGCUGAAUCAGGGGGUAGGAGAGCAACAAGCUUAGGUGAGGAGUUGAGAGAAAAUGCUGACGGCCAGGGUGGUGUGACUGGGGCUGUUGAUGGGGAUGGACGGUUGAGAUGGAGCGGUGGGAGUGAAGGGAGAGAGGAGUAUGAGAGUGGAAUGGAUGAUGAUGAUUAUGCGGCUUAUGAGGCGAUGCUGGAGAGAUAUGUGGUGGGUAGGGGGGAACAAGAGGAUACCUCUGAGUCGACUCAAAGGUCAGGGCUAGGGCGAGGGGAUUAUGGGAGUGGAGCGGAUUGUGGUGAUGUGGUUUAUGAAGCGAUGCUGGAGAGAUAUGUGGUGGGCAGAGGGGUUGAAGGGGAUAACUCUGAAGGAGGAGAAAGGGGGCGUUUGGUGGUUGCAGCAGAAGCAGCUGAAAGAAGCAGUGGCGAGGGGGAGGAGAGGGAGCAGCAAGGGCAUGCGCAUGAGGAGAGAGAGGAGGGAGGGGAGGGGGGAGAGGAGGAGGAAGAGGAGGAGUCAUGGGAGGUGUUGGGGCAUGAGAGGGACAUAAGGCGGCUGCUGCAGGGGGUGCUGGAUGCGGCACUGCACGCCACAGAGGGUGGUGGGUGGGUGCACGUGCACUGGCAGAGGGCGCCGGGGGGAGGGGUGCUGCUGCUGGUGGAAGACAGUGGUGUGGGCGUGCAUUAUUUGUCUGCCAGCAUGGCCGCCUCCACUCAAAACCUGCCACCUGGCAAGCUGGCGCGGGCGGCUGAUGCGUUGGCAUCAAUGGAGGUGGCAAGGGGUGUGGCAGAGGCAGUGGGGGCAGUGAUGCGCGUGCUGUCGCCGCAUCUCAUCAACGCUCCAAGUGGGUACGGCGGGACAAGGGUGGAGCUCUGGUUACCACCUGCCCCUGAAAAUAAUUUUCGCGUGCUCGCCGUGCUCGGGGUCAUCUGCGUCGCCCUCUGCAUGGCUGGCGCGAGGGCUCAAGCAACGCCGCCGCCGAAGCCCACCAAGGCGCAGCUCAAGGCGGAGCUGAACAACAUGGCGACGAACAUCACGAAGCGUUACCCGCAAUACGCGAAAUACGCCAAGGAUAUGAACCGUUACAUCGGCCUCGUGCUCAACUCCAAAUACGACUUCUCAGCCCUCGCGGACGCCACAAUCCUCCUCCCCAGCGACACAGAAGCCCAAGCCCUCGCUAAGAAGCUCCCCGUUACAAGCAGCAACAUCCCCAUCAUCUACAACAUCACCGCAUACCACAUCCUCCCGCGGAAGCAAACCGUUCCUCAGCUGAACUCCCUUAAAAAGUCGCAGCCGCUGGCGACUCAACUGAAGCAAGCGAUCUACAAGGUUUCGCCACAGAAUGGUAACUCCAUGUCAUUCGCCAAGGGGCCGAACGCGCCUGCUGCCGCGUGGACGACCAUCCAAAUCGCGCGGCUGUACGCUGGGCCUUACUUCAUCGCUCAUGGAGUGGAUAAGAUUCUCAUCCCCGCUGGCACGACCGUGCCCAAGUAG